AUUUGGUUGUCCAUAAUCCAUAUCAGUCUAAGCUGAUAUAAUUAGAGAGAGGGUAGCAUAAGAAAAUGUAUGGUGAGGAAAUGGAGCGGAUCAACGAUAAGAAAACACUACGUGGCAAAUGGACCUAAGUAGCAGCUCCGAUGCAGGCCACUCCCGCCCAUGGAGGUGGUCUCAUUUUCUUCCCGACCCGAAAAUCUCACCAACGCUCUAUUCCUCCCUCCCCUUUUCUCAUUCUCCCCCCGCAGCUCCGCAGCUCUGCGGUGUCAAAACGGCCCCUCCUGCAUCCGCUCCAUCUCUGCCGGUCUGAGCGAUGGAACUCAAAUGCUGAGACCUUCAGAACCCGGAAUUUCAAACUCAAAGAAGAAGAAGAAGGAGAGUUCUCGGAACCUGUUGACGAGUUUGUCCGUAGUAUCUGGAUUUUGAAGGUUUCAUUCCUUGAACAAUGUUACUCGCAUUUGACAUUGAAGCUUUUCAAUUGUUUGCGUUCACAGAUUUGAAUUUGAUUUUCUCCUUUCGGGCUAAAGGUUUUUCUUGUAAAAUUGGACUUACGGGUUGGGUGAUUGAGUGAUCCUUAAUUAUAUUUCGGUUGUAUUUUCCGGAAAAGCCGGCCCUUUGGUAACACUGUUUAUCGGUAGACUUAUCAGACAACUUUUUCACCAAACACGUAACUUUUGAUUUCGCGCGUUGAAUUGUGUAAUAAGAAGAAAAAGCAAGGUUGAAGAUACUUUUCUGGCUUUAUUGGCUGAAGUUACUGUAGAUGACCAUUUUAGCUAUUUUUACAUAUAAUUUUUUCUUUAUUUUAUUAAUAAAAUAUAUUUUAAAAGUAUUUUUUUCUUAAAUCAGCAGAAUCAGCCAAUGCAGCCACUUCAGCCAGAACUUCAUAAAUUUCAGCAGAAUCAGCCAAAUCAACCGAUUUUCGUGCUACCAAACAGGCUCUUAUUCUGCUCAUUCUCAUUAGAAGAAUCCUACUAAGCCAAAAUCCGUUUAAUUUGGUGCAAGGGGUCUAUUCUUUAUCAAGUAAACUAAUUCCAAGUAAUUUUUUAAGUAUCAUUAUAUCAAGACUUCAGGAGUACAUUCAGAAUUCUAAGUUAGUCUGCACUAUGGAGCUUAUGUGUGUAUAUAUAGAUUGGUAAAGUUUUUAGUAAAAUUUUGUACUUAGAUACAUACUCUGGUGAAGAUCUUCGUAAAUAAGAAUUUGAUGAGGUAGUUUUUGUGGUUUAUUCUACUCCCAUUUGGUAACUUCAUUUUCAACUCAUCAACCACAAUAAUUUUUUCUUGAUUUUAUUUAUAAAAACAUUAUAAUUAUAUUUUUUCACAAUUAAGCGAAUUUAGACAAUUUCAUUGUUAUCAAGGGGCUGUGUAAGUUUUCUACUGAUAUGUAUUCCUAGUUAGGCAGUGCAGAUUUUCAAGGCCUAUGGGUGGAGCUUUCCACCAAUUGUUGUGUCAUUAUUGCUAGCAAAUGGUCUCAAAGCUUUUCUUGUAGCCUUAGCUCUUCCAAUAGGGCAAUCAGUAUUCAUGAUUGCCCUUCAAAAACUAUGGGGCACUGCACAUAACGAUCUAUGGCGCAAGAACAAGAAAAGAUCCCAAAGACGUACUCCAACAAUAAACAUUAAUGCUAGGAGAAGAGCCCGAAAGCGUAACACUAAAAAGUCUGAUGUCUUCUCCAGUGGGAUCGACCAAGAUGACUCUGCUUUUGGUGGUUGGGACGAACUAGAGCAAGCAAAGGACUAUAAUAUGUCGGGUUCAUCUAUGGGUUCGCCUCAGCCAAAGACAUCCAGUGAGAAUGGCAAGUUGAGUAGGAGUACUGAGAGGGGGAAAAGCACUCCAUAGUUACUAAGGUUGUUGGUUUCCAUUUUUCCAUUCUUGAGUUCAUGGUCUAAGAUGCUAUAGUAGUUUUUCUUGUCGGUCAUUGACACAGAAUCUGUUGCGUUGUUCUGCUUGCCUGUCUUUGGAUGGUCCGAUGAUUCCAUCGAUGGGAAAGGUGAAGUUCUCUUUACCACUCAUGCAUUCAGCGCGCACCUGGGAAUUAUAACUCUCACACAUUCAUUGAAAGUUUGAUGCAAUGCAACCAGCCACUAAUGUGAUAUGGCAUUGUAUUUCAGCCUAAAAACCAUAGAAUGUUAAAACUUAUGGGGGAAAAGAACAAUAAAAUUGUGAUAUGAUGUUUUUUUGGAGAAAAA